AUGCGGUUUUGUGUUGACUACCGCCGCCUGAACGACGUUACAAAGAAGGACAGCUAUCCCUUGCCAAGAAUUAAUGACACGCUGGACAUGCUUACAGGCGUAAAGUGGUUUAGUACGCUGGAUCUGAAAAGUGGCUACUGGCAGGUUGAAAUUGACCCUAAGUACAAGGAGAAAACUGCAUUCUCCACAGGAAAGGGUCUGUGGCAAUUUAAAGUCAUGCCGUUUGGAUUGUGGAAUGCUCCAGCAACGUUUGAAAGGUUGAUGGAGCUUGUACUUACCAGGCUGAUUGGAGAUGCCUGUCUGGUCUAUUUGGAUGACAUCAUCAUCGUAGGCCGUACGUUUGAGGAACACCUUCAAAACCUGGAACGUGUGCUCACAAAGAUCCAGAGUGCCAACCUCAAGUUGAGUCCGAAGAAGUGCUCACUAUUCAAACGGCAAGUUAGUUUUUUGGGGUAUGUAGUGUCGGAAGAAGGUAUCCGCACGGAUCCAGAGAAAAUUGCCGCUGUCAAGGAGUGGCCGGUUCCAAAAGACAAGACACAGGUUAGAGCAUUUUUAGGUUUGUGCUCUUAUUAUCGGCGAUUUGUGAAGAACUUUGCAGAUAUAGCCAAACCUCUGCACAAGCUAACCGAGGAGAAGCGACAUUUCAGCUGGGAUGAAACUUGCGAUAUUGCAUUCCAGGAGCUCAAGACCCGUCUGUGCAAAACACCUAUUUUGGGGUACCCUGAUGCGGGCAAGGAAUUCAUAGUUGACACAGACGCAAGUGAUAUAGGACUUGGCGGUGUGUUGUCUGAACGGAAUGGUGAUCAAGAGAUUGUGAUAGCGUACUUCAGCAAGUCGUUGUCAAAGCCGGAAAGGAACUAUUGUGUCACAAGACGGGAAUUGCUUGCUGUGGUAAAGUCCUUGCAGCAUUUUAGCAAAUAUCUCCUGGGGCGGAAAUUCUACUUACGAACUGACCAUGCUGCACUGAAAUGGCUAUUGCAGUUCAAAAAUCCGGAAGGACAAGUUGCGAGAUGGAUUGAACUACUACAGGAAUACGACUUUGUGAUCGAACAUCGCAGCGGGAAAUCUCAUGGCAAUGCAGAUGCAUUAUCAAGAAGACCUUGCCCUGAAGAUUGCAAGCAUUGUACUAGGCAAGAGGGUAAAGAAGUAGUAUCUGCGAGGAUAUUUAGGACAGACCAGCUCAGCAAUGAAUAG